UCCCACUCGGAGUCUAUCAAGACACCGGCAACUCGAAGGCGUGCACACACAUAUAAAGAAGCCUUCAGGAGACGGAGUCGCCAUCAGUAACUUGGCCCCUCACAGUACGUUACAUCUUCGCCUUGAGAGUCUUCUGCCAUCACACUUUCCCAGAACCAGACCCAACCGUUCUAUAUAGACUUUUAAAAGACAGCGAACUGUAAAACCUUCCUGUCGAUACAAGAUGGCUGACGACGAAGGAAUGAAGCUGAACUGGAUUGACUUCCUAGUUCUCGCGGGCUAUUUCGUCUUCGUCCUCGCUGUUGGAUUGUAUACCUCAUGGAAAGCCAAGAAGGGAAGCGUUUCGAGUUAUUUUCUGGCGUCAAGAAAUAUGCACUGGAUACCGGUUGGGGCAUCGCUGUUUGCCAGCAACAUCGGUUCCAGCCAUUUCAUCGGACUGGCUGGGUCGGGGGCAGCUUCGGGCAUUGGCAUAGGAGCAUUCGAGUUAAACGCCAUUUUCGUGCUAAUGAUGCUGGGGUGGAUAUUCGUACCAGUGUACAUGAGCGCUGGAAUCUUCACGAUGCCGGAGUACCUCCGGGAGAGAUUCGGAGGACAAAGAAUCAGAAUCUAUCUCUCCAUUUUGGCGCUGAUACUCUACGUCUUCACCAAAAUAUCGGCUGACCUGUACGCAGGUGCUCUCUUCAUCACGACCUCACUGAACGUCCAAGACGACCCGGAGUGGCUCUACCUCAGCAUCCUCAUCCUGCUAGCCAUAGCAGCCAUCUUCACCAUCGCCGGCGGCCUGACGGCAGUCAUCUGGACCGACUUCGUGCAGACCAUACUGAUGCUUAUAGGAGCCUUCAUUGUCAUGGCGACUUCUCUCGGUGCAGUCGGUGGCUAUGAGAAGCUCGUAACCGAUUACUUCGAAGCCUCUCCUUCAGUCAAGACAUACGACCAGAACAACCACACGUGUCCGGAUAACUACCCGCCGGCGUAUGCACUGAACCUGUUCCGGCCAAUCGUCGGGUCUGACCUCCCUUGGCCUGGAGUGGUCUUUGGCCUCAGCAUUGGGUCCAUUUGGUACUGGUGCACCGAUCAGGUCAUCGUGCAGAGGGCCCUCUCCAGCAAAAACAUGAUCCACGCCAAAGCCGGCUGCUUACUGGCCGGGUCCAUCAAAUUCCUGCCUCUCUUCCUCCUGGUAUUUCCAGGAAUGGCUUCGAGGAUCCUGUACACCGAUCAGGUUGCCUGUGUCGCCCCCGAAGAGUGCGUCAAGUACUGCGGUGCUGAAACCGGCUGCACCAACAUCGCCUACAUCUUGCUGGUGCUGGAUUUGCCCCAAGGUCUCUCAGGGCUGAUGCUGGCCGUGAUGAUGGCUGCCCUGAUGUCAUCCCUGACCUCUGUCUUCAACUCGGCCUCCACCAUCUUCACCAUCGACAUAUGGACCCGCAUCCGGAGGCAGGCUACAGAGAUGGAGCUCCUGAUCGUAGGACGCUCGUUCGUCCUGGUCCUCGUCGUCAUCUCUGUCAUUUGGAUUCCAGUCAUCCAGAGUUCGCCCAAUUCGCAGUUAUUUGUUUACAUUCAGAGCAUCUCAUCCUUCCUUUCGCCUCCUGUUUGUGCUGUCUAUCUCCUUGCCAUAUUCUGGAAGCGCACAAACGAACCAGGCGCCUUCUGGGGUCUUCUCAUCGGCCUAGUCAUUGGCCUCUUCCGAUUUGCCAUCGAGUUCGCAUACACAGUCCCCACGUGCGGUCAGGACAAACCAGACCCACGACCGGAAUGGAUCCGCGUUCUCGUCGAUAACGUUCACUACCUCCACUUCGGGUGCAUCUUGCUGGUCAUCAGCUUGGUGGUCACGAUCGUGGUGUCUCUGCUGACUGAGCCCAUUCCGGAUAAGUGUCUCCACCGACUGACUUUCUGGACGAAGGGCAGCAAAGAAGUCCGAGUUUCCAUCCGAGAGUGGCGUAACGAGAGGCAGCCUGACGCCGACACAAACAAACUUCACCUCGAGGAUACCACGAGUGUCUCAAACAGGAGCAGUGUCAGUGCAGCCGACCCAGCAUGGAAGCGAGCCUUGUUCACCAUUUGUGGAGUCAGCAAAUCCAGUAUGGAAGAAGCUGCAGACCCUGAUGACGAGUUGACAGCGGAGGAAAAGGCUCAGCGAGCAGCAGAAUUUUUGGAAGAGAAGAGACCGUGGACGAACAUUGUUGACGGAUGCGCAAUCUUCCUGAUGGCAGCCGCCUCGUUCCUUUGGGGAUUCUACGCGUAGCGAAAUAAAUCUUUUAUAGAUGGCCAGAUGCAGCUUGUGAAAGCGUGUGAAGGUUUGCCAUGAAAACGCUUAUCUGCAAUCUGCAUCUCUUUGUGUCCUUUCUGAACCAGCAUCAGGGACUCUGUGUUUAAGUUUGUUCUGUCAGUGUUUGGCUGUUGGAGUGUAUUCUCUCCUUUUCUUUAACUAAAAUAUAAAUCUCAGUUGUG